GCUAAAGUAGCUAACAGGAACUUAACACACGGUGGGAAAAUAAAACAGACAUUUUUGACUUAACUUGUUUCUAGACCACCAGGGAGACAUGGCCAAAUGUAGUCUGUUCACACUACAGCUACUGUUUGGUUUAUUUUGGCUCAGUCACCUUCAGGUUACUUUCACUGAUCAUGCAUCUGUCCAUCCUGGAGAGAACAUCACCCUGCUCUGUAACAUCACUGAUUAUCCUGAGAUAUCGUGGUAUCAACUGAGAUCUGACGAGGUGAAGCUGCUGAUAUCUGCUGAACAAGGGAGGGUGAAGAAAAAAUAUUUGCUCAGUUAUAAUGUAAAUAAGAGUCACUAUGAUGUAACAGAAAGCAACAGUUCAGUCAGUUUAGUGAUUAUUGGAGUUCGAGAGACGGAUCUGGGGUUUUAUUACUGUGGAGGACGAAAUGAUGAUAAACACAUUCAGUUUGGGAAACCCAUCAGACUGAACUUCAACAUUACAGAUGAUCAAGAGACUCAUUCGACUCUUAACUCGUGUGAGCCUUCAGGGGCAGGAGUAGAGCUCAGGAUUACAGCGAGUGUGUGUGUAGCCUCUCUCUUAAUGAACUUCAUCUGCCUGUGUGUGUUCUGCUACAGGCUUAAAGGAAAAUCAGCAUCAUGCAGCUGUUUCAGCAAAACCACAAAUGCUAAGGACAAGGACGAAAGUAUGCAUUAUGCCAGCAUUCAACAUGGAAGAAGGUCCAGAGCAGCAGCUAAGAAAAGCACAGGAACAGAAUCGGACAGUGUGUUGUACGCAGCAGUCGCCUCACAGCCUCGGAGACACUGACUAGGUGUGAAAUGGGAGACUCUCCUCUUUAUCUGUUUCAUUUGUGUACACCCUGUGGAAGUGACCACAUGAAUGCUAAUAGAUUUUAAAAUGUAUAUAUUUCUCUAGGUUUUGUUUUGCAAAAAUGUUUUUUUGUCCGGCAAAAGCUAAACUUUCCAAAAACUCUUGCCUCAGAGGGAUACAAAAAAGCUUGAAAAAGCUGUUGUAAUGUGUGCUGAGAAAACAGAGAUAUUUUAAAUAUAUUCAGAAAUAAUGCAGUUUAAACUCAUAUAUGUUGUUUUGCAUGCACAGUAUCAGAAUGUGUUGUUUCAGUGUGGACCAGCGAAUACUGGAAAACGAACAUUUAACUAAUUUGAAGUAAAUAAAUGAUGUUAAAUGUCACAAGAAU